CGCUCUCUAAUGAGAGAUUGAAAGGAUGAAAAAAAUACAAUAGGGGACCCUCUAUGAAAUUGAAGUCUCUGAUACUAGGGUGUGAAACUGGAAGUAUAAAAUGGAGUUUCAGCCCAUCAAUUUGCAUUACACUGCCAAAAAUGGGGAGAAAGGAAAUUUUAUGUUUGAAGAAGUCACUCUCCUUCUUUGUCCUCCUUGUUAUGCUGCAUAACUCGCUCAAUGUUGCUUCUGACUCUGUUGAUGAAGCCAAUGCUCUUCUCAAAUGGAAAGCCAGCCUUCCUAACCAAACCCAGUUGAAGUUAGCUUCAUGGUCUCUCCUUCCUAUAAAUGCCACUGUCUCCAAUCCGUGCACUUGGUUUGGGAUUUCUUGCAAAGAUGGAAGCGUCAAUAGACUCAAUCUUUCAAGUUCAGGUAUUGAAGGCACACUUGAUGAUUUUUAUUUCACAUCCUUCCCUAAUCUUGCAUACGUUGAUCUAUACUUCAAUGGCCUCAGUGGUUCAAUUCCACCCCAAAUCAGUCAGCUCACAAAGCUCAUAUAUCUUGACUUGUCGAGUAAUCAAUUUACUGGGAAUAUCCCACCUCAGAUUGACUUGUUAACUCAUCUUGAGGUCCUGCAUCUAUUUCAAAAUCAAUUGAAUGGAUCCAUUCCUGAAGAGAUUGGCAAUUUAAAGUCCCUUAACGACCUUGCUCUGUAUGUCAACCAUCUAGAUGGGCCAAUUCCAACUUCCUUGGGAAAGUUAAGCAAUCUAGUUGGCUUGUAUCUCUAUAACAACUCACUAUCUGGUUAUAUUCCUCCACAAAUAGGGAACCUCUCCAAUUUGGUUGUGCUCUCCAUGGGUUACAAUCUCCUAACAGGUCCUAUCCCUUCCACUUUGGGAAACUUGAAGAACCUGACAUUUUUGUAUGUACUUCACAACCAGCUUUUUGGAUCCAUUCCCCCAGAGAUAGGAAAUUUGAUCUCUCUUCAAGAGCUAAGCUUAAGUUCAAACGAUCUUUCUGGUCAAAUUCCCGCUUCUCUUGGUGCUCUCACAAAUAUUACCUUUCUCUAUCUUUAUCGUAAUAAGCUAUCUGGGCCUAUUCCUGAGGAAGUGGGAAAUCUGAUAUCUCUUCAAGAGCUAAGCUUCCAUUCAAACGAACUUUCUGGUCCAAUUCCACCUUCUCUCGGUGGUCUCACAAAUCUCACCCUUCUCCAUCUUUAUCUUAAUAAACUAUCUGGGCCUGUUCCUAAGGAGGUAGAAAAUCUGAUAUCUGUUCGAGAGCUAAUCUUAGAUUCAAACGAUCUUUCUGGUCCAAUUCCGACUUCCCUAGGCGGUCUCACAAAUCUCACCGUUCUCAGUCUUUUUCUUAAUAAACUGUCUGGCCCUAUUCCUAAGGAAAUAGGAAAUCUGAAAUCACUUCAUGAGCUAGAUUUGAGCCAAAAUAAACUCAAUUGUUCCGUUCCAGCUUCCCUUGGCAGUUUGAAAGAAUUGGAAGUUCUUUUACUCCGUGAUAACAAACUUUCUGGAUUCAUUCCUCAAGAAAUAGCAAAUCUCACAAAGUUGAUUGUGCUGCAACUAGAUCAUAACCAUUUUACUGGUUACCUGCCUGAAAAUAUUUGCCCGAGUGGAAUACUUCAAAACUUCACAGCAAAUGACAACAAUUUCACAGGUCGUGUACCCAAAAGCUUGAGAAAUUGCACAAGUUUGGUUCGAAUACGCUUAAAUGGAAACCGAUUUGUUGGAAAUGUAUCAGAAGAUUUUGGAGUCUACCCGAAUCUAGGAUUUAUUGAUCUAAGUGACAAUAAGUUCCAUGGAGAGAUGUCAUCUAAAUGGGUAAGAUGUCCAAAAUUAGUCACCAUACGAAUUUCUGGCAACAAUAUUACUGGAAGCAUACCACUUGAUAUUGGAAACUUCAAUCAGUUGCAUGAACUUGAUUUUUCUUACAAUCAUAUAGUUGGGGUGAUUCCAAGGGAACUCGGAAGGUUGACUUCCUUAUUCAAAGUGCUUUUGAAUGGAAAUCUACUCUCUGGUAGCGUACCUUCAGAAUUUGGAUCAUUGACUAACCUCGAGUACCUGGACUUGUCUGCAAAUAGAUUGAGCCAUUCAAUACCAAAUUAUCUCGGGAAUCUCGUGAAGCUAAACUACUUAAAUUUGAGCAGUAAUCAAUUCAACCAGAUAAUUCCAAUUCAGUUGUUGAAGUUAGUUCACCUUUCCCAACUAGACCUGAGUAAUAACAUGCUUAUUGGUAAAAUACCAUAUGAAAUAGACUCUUUGGAAAGCAUUGAGAAGUUGAAUCUUUCCCAUAAUAGUCUCUCAGGAGGCAUUCCAUACAGCUUCAAUAAUAUGCGUGGCUUGUCCUACAUUGACAUAUCCUAUAAUGAAUUGGAAGGCCCUAUACCGGACAGCAGAGCAUUUCGAGAUGCUGGCUUUGAAGCAUUGCAGGGAAACAAAGGAUUGUGUGGUGAUGUCCAAGGACUUGAACCAUGCGAACCUUCAGUGCAGCACAAAGACAACACAAAGAAGAGUAGAAAAGCCCUGUUCUUAAUCAUAUUCUUCCCUCUUUUAGGAGUACUUCUACUUCUACUUGCUCUCUGUGGAAUUUUCUUCAUCAAAGGAAAAAGAAAGGAAGAUCUUCAAGGUGAAAAAGGUAACCUGCCUAAUAAAGGUGUCUUUUCCAUAUCAACUUUUGAUGGAAAGAUUAUGUACGAAGAAAUCAUCAGAGCAACCGAGGAUUUUGAUGCCUCAUAUUGCAUCGGAAUGGGUGGAUCUGGAAGUGUCUACAAAGCCGAUUUGCAAUCCACUGGCAUUGUAGCUGUGAAGAAAUUUCAUUCGUUGUCUGAUAGCCAGUAUAUAUCCCAAAAGGAGUUCUUGAACGAAAUAAAGGUGUUAUUGGAGAUAAGGCAUCGAAACAUCGUGAAGCUUUAUGGGUUCUGCUCAAGUGCUCGAUACUCAUUUUUGGUUUAUGAGUACCUUGAAAGGGGUAGCUUGGCCUCAAUCCUAAGCAAUGAAGUAGCUGCUAAAGAAUUAGAUUGGAAUAAGAGAGUGGACAUUGUUAAAUGUACUGCUCACGCCCUCUCUUACAUGCACCACAAUUGCUUUCCUCCAAUUGUCCAUCGAGACAUUUCAAGUAGCAAUAUUUUGUUGGAUUCCAACUAUGUGGCUCAUAUCUCCGACUUUGGCACCGCUAAGCUUCUUAAACCGGACUCAUCUAACUGCACUGCAUUUGCUGGAACAUAUGGAUAUGUUGCUCCAGAGCUUGCUUUCACAACGAAGGUAACGGAGAAGUGUGAUGUGUAUAGCUUUGGGGUAAUAGCACUGGAAGUGAUCAAAGGAGAGCAUCCCGGGGACAUCAUCCCCUCUCUAUCCUCGGCUUGGACUGAGGAUAACACGUUAACAGUAGAUGUUUUGGACAAACGCCUUCCACCUCCUUCACGUGAUGUUGCUUGUGAACUGAUAAAUGUGGUGCAAAUAGCAACUCAAUGCUUGAAUGCUAAUUCACAAUCUAGGCCAACAAUGGGUAUGAUUUCCAAGCUAUUUUUGUCCUCAUCAAUAGGUAAAAGAAAUAGAUUAUACCAGUCAUGAGCAUUUAUUGUUAUUGGUGUCGCUUGUUAUAAGUUGUUAGGGCUUGUAACGCCCUUCCUGUGUUAUGGUGGCUGGUUGCAUUAGUUCUGCAUUGCAACAAUUAUGUUUGUAUUUAGUUACGUUAUGUUUGUCUUGGUUUAUGUUGUUCUUGUUCUUAACAUUGGCCUAGUUUAUUAUGUGUGUAGUCGUAAGUUGAUCUUCUGGACUGUUCAGAAAGGCUUAACAACCUAAUGUUUGUGUAAUGAUGUUGGUAUGGAGUAAUACGACAGAUUGAAU